AUGUCGUUUUCAGCUUGGCCGCUUGUCCCGCGAAUGACGUGUGUCUUGAAUCCGGCGUUUCUGCUUUGGCUUUUCACCGGCUACUCGAUUCCGCUCGCCGAAAUCAUUCUGACUUUUGAUCGACUUUGGGCUCUCUAUUUCCCACUUUCCUAUAGCAGAACGUCGCUUAAACGGGUUUUCAUCACAAUAAACGUGAUCUCUCUAAUCUCUCUUCUUCUCACAAUAUUUGACAUCGCUGAGUCGUGGAUCGAGGAAAGCGGGAAAACGACGAUGAUCUCGCAGGGAUGCUAUCUUGAUGCUUACACAAAAAUCACUUAUUAUGGGUCGUAUUUCGCAAAGGUCCUUUUGUAUCUCAUCUGCUGCAUCUUCUACAUGCCGGUGCUAUGGAAAGUGAGAAAGAUCAUGAGCACUUCAAUGAAUCGAAAAAUGCGCGCGACCGUGAGAGGAUCUCUGGCGAUCGGUCUUCUAAUCGUGGCUCUGUUGGGGUGCAUCAUUCUGCCGAUUCUCUUCCUCACUUAUCUCUUCCCAAGCUCAAACGGAUUCCUCAUCUAUGCCAAUCUUCUCAUGUUGAAACCCUGGAUGAAUGUGAUUGUUGCUCUUUUACUUUUUAAAGAUCUCCGGACAACAAUCAGAGAAAUCCUAUCUUCGGCAUUGAAAUUGCCCUGUCGCGAGAAAAGUGUUGUCUCUGUGAAAUCGCCGUCAACUAUUCUG